AUGGAGGAGCCCAUAACCGAGCCCAAAGAGGCUCCGUGGAGCCGGGGCAAUGCCAGCCUGGCCGACUUCGAUGGUUACGCGGGCAGGCUCUUCGCCCAAGCCCUGGACCUGGUCCAAGCUGCUGGGCGCAGCCGCCGCGCUGCAGAAAGCGGUUCCUCAACAGUUGCAAGACAGCGGGCGCAGCGAGCACAACACGACCGAGAUGCAGUGCUACAUUGGGCAGAGGAAGCUACCACGCGGAUCAAUACACUGACAGAGCGUUUCCAGCGAGGUUGGGCUCAUAUGGAGAAGCAGCAAGUGGAGAAGAGGCAGCUGGAGGCGCGCUGCGAGCUGCUGUGCAGCCAGCUGAAAGCUGCAGAAAUGGAGGGCUUGGCCCUGCGCUCUGAUGCAGAGGCUCAGCGACUCUCCAGAUCAACGCCAGGGACGAUUGUGUCUCCUUGCAGAGGUCCCGUGACCUGGGCCAAAGAGGUCGCCUGGGCUCGAGGCCUUGCGGAGGACUGCCGCAGUGGUGCCUUCCAUCCACCGCAAUCUCGGCGGAAAAGGCCUUGUGGGAGGUGCGCUCGGCUUCAGCGCCGGCUCUGGACGCUCCGGCGGAGCGUGCGGCAUGCGCGCGACCUGACACAGCAGCGCCUGGCCGUCGUGCUGGCUGCCGCCAGGCAGGAUGGGGAGAUGUUGGAGUCGGCCGUGCGCGUGGCCCGCCGACGCACACUGCAAGUGAUU